UACCUGGGCGUCGACGUUGAUUUUAACAACAAUUCAAUUACAAUAAGAUUAUUAAUUAAAAAUGGCAGUAUUAAGCUCCUGUUGGUCGCCCAUAAUUUGGUCCAAUAAUGUACGCACGGGCAGCUAUUGCGUAGCAGCUUACACCUCGGCACUGUGCAUGGUGCUGAUUACUAUAACGUGUUAUAUGCUGGCAGGUGGAGAGUCUGCGCAACUUUAUUCGCCUCUCUUUGAAACGGAUAUAAGAACUUCCAUGCCCAUAGCAGGAGCUUUCUUUAUCAUAUACUUCUUGUUGAUCAUAAUAUCAUCGUACCUAGUCUAUUACGGAAUUAAGAUAAGUACACGAGGAUGGUUGUUGCCAUGGUUAUUUUUGAUGGGACUUGCGAUACUGUUUCAAUUCUGUUGGAGCCUCUGGUUAAUUGGCGGCUACUAUAUAUACUUGGAGCAAACUUUCUCGGCGUUACUGAACUUUGUUUGGACGGCAUAUAAUAUCUACUGCUGGUUGGUUGUGUUCUCGCAAUAUCAAAUCUUUUUGGAAAUUCAAAAUCCUAAUAUCGAACUUCUAAUGCCUUAGAGCGAGUAUUCACGCCAUUGCUUUUACAUUCUUCGAAUAUUUUUAAUGUAAGAUAUACAUAUUUGUAGUUAUAUAAUAUUUUGUAGCACACACAUUCCGUCCAUGACCAUAGAAAACUUUACAUGCCCAACGUGUCUUCUUAAACAUAUACAUAUAUUUGUAUUUUAUACAUGACAAAUUGUAAUACAUUUUAUAAAAUUAUACACAUUAAAACGCAUAUUUGCUGCAA